AGGAACCUGACCAGGGAGUGGUUCUCAUAGCUGCAGCAAAUCUCAAAACAGGGAGGCCUCUGCUGUACUCUCUCCAUUUCCCCACAAUCCACCUUAAUUUCUUCUUCUUCUUCUUCUUCUUCUUCUUCUUCUUCUUCUUCUUCUUCUUCUUCUUCUUCUUCUUCUUCUUCAAGCCUUCAGGAGGGCUUUACUUGUAAAUCGACUGUAAGCAGUCCGCAUGAGUGACAUCAUGAGAAAAUUACCUGUCGAAGAUCUCAACCAGGAGUUGAGGAAUCCAGAGGAAGAAUGCAGUGAUGACUUCUGAGCCCAGGGAGUUGGCAGCGGCUGGGCUUCAGAGGAGCCAGCACCUCUGAAUCAGACUGUCCUGAAGUGAGGCUGUGCCAGCCUGCUGUUCCUCUGGCUGAAAGAACUGAGUGCUGUGUGACAAAUACUUGGUUGAGCCAAGACUCUGAGGCUGAUAUGCAAUGUCACUUACAACAUUAAUCAGAUACUGCAUUUAAGGUAGGAGGCCAGGUGGACUCUAUUUUUAACUCCUAGGCACUGCAUCGUGUGCAAGCAACACAGGUUCUCAUAUUGUGCUUUCGGUGCUGGGAUCAGUGGUUUGAUUUUCAGCAAAUGUGACAGUGGCCUUUGCAGCGGUCAGCACUGAGCUUUGAACUCUCAAAGGAGCAAGGGAGGGAAAAAAACAUUCAACACACCACCUCCUCAGUUGCAGCCUCCAAGAAUCCUUGGAUCAGAAACUUCUUUUUUCAGUCCUGUUUUGCUGUUGAUAAAUUCAGCCCUCGUGAUCAGAGUGCAUUCAAGCUGUUCUGCGUAUGAUUUUUGGUGUGUGUGACAAUCGCAUCUAAAACUUGUGAGCAAGAAGACGGAGAAAUCAGUGGGUCUCCAUCACCUUCCAUAAAAAUGGCCGAGUGUCUUGUUAUGCUAACGCUGCCCUGAGUGAUGCGCACAGAUCUUGAUGUGGAGGAGAUGGAAGACUCAGAACCAAGGAUUUCCAAGUGAUUUCUGCCAAGGCACGGAAACUGUUAAGGCUGGUCUGUUCUGACUGAGAUGACAGUCAUGUCCCUCUCCAGGGACCUCAAGGACGACUUUCACAGUGACACGGUGCUCUCCAUCUUAAAUGAGCAGCGCAUCCGGGGCAUUUUAUGUGAUGUCACCAUCAUUGUGGAAGACACCAAGUUUAAAGCCCACAGCAAUGUCUUGGCUGCCUCAAGCCUUUAUUUCAAAAAUAUAUUUUGGAGCCAUACAAUCUGUAUUUCCAGCCAUGUCCUGGAGCUGGAUGACCUGAAAGCUGAAGUCUUUACAGAAAUACUUAAUUAUAUCUACAGCUCCACUGUUGUGGUCAAGAGACAGGAAACUGUCACUGAUCUUGCAGCUGCAGGGAAAAAGCUGGGAAUAUCAUUCUUGGAAGACCUUAGUGACCGCAACUUCUCAAAUUCCCCAGGUCCCUAUGUAGUCUGCAUUACUGAGAAGGGCGUGGUUAAAGAAGAAAAAAAUGAAAAAAGGCACGAAGAACCAGCUGUUACCAAUGGGCCAAGGAUCACAAAUGCAUUUUCCAUCAUUGAAACAGAAAAUAGUAAUAACAUGUUUUCUCCACUGGACUUGAGGGCAAGCUUCAAAAAGGUGUCUGAUUCCAUGAGAACACCCAGCCUCUGCCAGGAGAGGACCAGCGUCUGCCACGAGGCAGAGCCUGUCCGCACGCUUGCUGAACAUUCAUAUGCUGUUUCUUCCAUCACUGAGGCUUAUAGGAGUCAGCCGAUACGUGAACAUGACAGCAGUUUAUCUGGUAAAACAGGAAAGGAAAAUGAUGAAGCUCUUGCCACAAAAGCAAAGCCAUGCCGAAAGCCAAAGACCCCAACCCAGGAUUCUGACUCAACUACAGAAAAUGCACCACUGCUUCCAGUAACCAACCCAGAAGUUAAUGAAGAGAGAAGUGCACAGCCAGCUCCAAUUCUGCCACACUCAAAACCUCCCAGCAAUGAAGGAGAUGUCCAUUGUCCCAGGAAAGAGGAAAAGCAACCCUCGGAUGUUCCCGGUCCAACAGCAGCAGAAGUCCCGCCCCUUGUUUAUAAUUGCAGUUGCUGUUCCAAAUCCUUUGACAGCAGCACACUGCUCAGUGCGCACAUGCAGCUCCACAAGCCAACCCAGGAGCCUUUGGUAUGCAAGUACUGCAAUAAGCAUUUCAGCACCCUCAACAGGUUGGAUCGGCAUGAACAGAUCUGCAUGAGGUCUAGCCACAUGCCCAUCCCAGGAGAAAACCAGCCAUUUUUAGAAAACUAUCCCACUAUUGGGCAAAAUGGAAGCUCAUUCACAAGUCCAGAAUCCUUAGUACCAGAAAAUAGGAUUGGUGAACUCUCCAGCACUGGGAGUGCCUUGCCAGACACGGACCACGUGCUGAAAUUUGUGAACGGGCAGAUGCUCUACAGUUGCACUGUGUGCAAACGUAGCUAUGUGACUUUAUCCAGCCUCCGAAGGCAUGCAAAUGUUCACUCAUGGAGAAGAACGUACCCUUGCCAUUACUGCAACAAGGUCUUUGCACUGGCCGAGUACAGGACACGGCAUGAAAUCUGGCAUACUGGAGAGAGGCGGUACCAGUGCAUAUUUUGUCUCGAAACUUUUAUGACCUACUACAUACUAAAAAACCAUCAGAAGUCUUUUCAUGCCAUAGACCACAGACUCUCCAUCAACAAAAAAACUGCAAAUGGAGGCUUGAAGCCUCCUGUCUAUCCAUACAAACUUUACAGGCUCUUGCCUAUGAGAUGCAAGAGGGCACCUUAUAAGAGCUUCCGGAAUUCUUCCUACGCAAGUUCUCGAGAAAACAGUCAAAGGAGUGAGUCUGCGCCAGAUACAUUUGUUGUUCUAAAUCUGCAAAGCUCUGAAAUGCCCACACUGAACUUCCAAGAUGGCAGAAACACCUUGACCAGCAGCCCCGCCAUCCCAGUGGAAACACCUUCACAUGAGGGCACACCCACUCCUGCCAAAGUGAAAAAUGCUGAAGGCUUCAAGUGGAAAAAGGAGGCAAUGAAAACUGAUCUUGUCAAGAACUUUGAUUCAACUGAGGUGUCAGUUUCUUCCACUGGAAACUCUGUGAGCGCCGGCCUCCAGGCAGAGCCCACCCACGUUUCAUCUGUGGGGAAAGGCAGUGAGCACUCGGCCUCUGUGAUCAGCUACAGUGGCUCGGCGCCCUCUGUGAUUGUGCACGGCAGCCAGUUUUCAUCGGUAAUCAAGCACAGCAAUACGGCUGCUGCCCUGAGCAGCAGCCAUGAAGCCCCGUCACAACCAGUCACCAGUCCGUCCCUGAAGGAGGACAGCAGGCCUGAGGCAGAUAAAGCCAGCAAACUUGCAAGCCGACCCAAGAGUGUUAGGGAGAAAAAGAAAGCUAUUCCUUGUAACAAGGGAGAAAUAACAGAGGAGGCAAAAUACAUUGCUGAUCAUGGAGGGUCUUUGGGCAAAACCACUGAUGUCGUCGAAGGAACCAGUAAAAUCGAAACUUACAUUGCAAAACCUGCUCUGCCGGGUACCUCCACAAACAGCAACGUUGCACCCCUUUGUCAAAUAACAGUGAAAAUUGGGAAUGAGGCCAUUGUGAAAAGGCAUAUCCUUGGGUCAAAGCUGUUUUACCGAAGAGGGAGAAGACCCAAGUAUCAAAUGCAGGAGGAGACGUUGCCUCAGGAGAGUGACCCAGAAACCCAAGGGGACAGCCUUGGGCUUUGCCAGACUGAAUGUGUAGAGAUGAGUGAAGCGUUCGAUGAGGCCAGUGACCAGGAUUCCACUGAUAAGCCGUGGCGCCCUUACUACAACUACAAGCCCAAGAAGAAGUCCAAGCAGUUGAGAAAAAUGAGAGCAGUCAAGUGGAGGAGGGAGCAUAGGAGCAGAAGCCCCGGCAGGAGGCGCAGGAGCAGAAGCCCCGGCAGGAGGCGCAGGUACCCAGCUGAACUGGAUCGCGCAGAGGCGAAGCCACCUCCGGAUAAGGCUUUGGAAGAGGAAGAAAAUAAAGAGAUGCCCAAGCUACAGUGUGAGCUCUGUGAUGGCGACAAAGCAGCAGGGGCGGAAGCGGAAGGCAAGCCCCACCACCAUCUCACGUUGAAGCCUUACACCUGCGAGCUCUGUGCAAAGCAGUUCCAGAGCCCCUCCACUCUCAAGAUGCACAUGAGAUGCCAUACUGGAGAGAAGCCAUACCAGUGCAAGACCUGUGGGCGGCGCUUCUCCGUGCAAGGAAACUUACAGAAACACGAGCGCAUCCACCUGGGCGUGAAGGAGUUCAUCUGUCAGUAUUGUAACAAGGCGUUCACGCUGAACGAGACCCUCAAAAUCCACGAGAGAAUCCACACUGGGGAAAAACGUUACCACUGUCAGUUCUGCUUUCAGGGCUUUUUGUAUCUUUCCACAAAAAGGAAUCAUGAGCGGAGGCAUGUUCGGGAGCAUGAUGGGAAAGGCUUUGCUUGUUUCCAAUGCCCCAAAAUAUGCAAAACAGCUGCUGCCCUCAGAAUGCAUCAGAAGAAACAUUUAUUCAAGAUCUUAAAUAAGCAGGAAAAAAUAGGUGACAUGUGCCAUGAAAACUCAGAUCUCUUGGAGAGUCAACUUGGCACUGAUUCGGAAGACAGUGACCACAAGGAUGAUACACAAACCUUUGCUGAAAAUGUUGAGUGACAAGUUAGAAAAGUCUUCAAAAAGUUGUUUGUGAGAUUUUGUUUUUAGGGGUUUUUUUGUUGUUGGUUAGUUUUGUUCACUUAAUAGUCACAAAGGCGGGGGGGGGGGG